AAAGCAAAAUACUUUUCAGAGCGGAUUUUGUACAGAAUUAGAGAAAAUAAAAAAAGUUUAAUUUGGGAAAUUUGGCGGAUAGUGUGAUAAGAUUAAUUUAGAAGAUUUUUUUCUUAGGAAUUUCUCUGGAAGUUUGCACAGUUUAGAGGCAUUAAUAUUGGCUCUCUAUGAGUGGACUAAAACUAAAUAUUUACUCAGAUUGCCAAUAAAAGCGCGAUUUGAUAAGAAAAUCACUGAAUUCCCUCAUUUCUUAUUGUUCUCUCUCCGGGGGAAGGCCUAUAAAAGCUAGCGAGGAAGCUCGGGUUCGAAUCAGUGUCAAUUGCUCCGUUGCGUGAUUUUGUGGAUUAAAAGGAAUUUGCAAAGUGUGGGAGUUAUUAAAGAUGAAGACGUUGGUGUUUCUGUGUGUCGCCUUAUCAAUUUUGGGCUUGGCAGUUACUGAAAAAAAAAUUGUCUGCUAUCACGGUACGUGGUCCUACUACCGGCAGGGAAAUGGAAAAUUCGGAGUAGCACAAAUUGAUCCAUUCCUCUGUACCCAUUUGGUUUAUACAUUUUUCGGGAUUUCUUCCGAGGGUGGGAUUAGAAUUCUUGAUCCUUACUUGGAUCUCGAUGAGAACUACGGCCUUGGGAAUAUAAGAAAAUUCAAUGAACUCAAGAAAGUUAAUCCCAAAUUGAAGACAAUCGCCGGUGUUGGUGGAUGGAAUGAAGGAAGCGUAACAUUUUCUCAGGUCGUCAAUGAUCCACGCAAGAGGCAGAAUUUCGUGAAGAAUUCGUUGGAAUUUUUGAAAAAAUACAAUUUUAAUGGUCUUGACGUUGACUGGGAGUAUCCAGCACAACGUGGAGGGAAUCAGGAGAAGGAUAAGGAAGCCUACACUCUCCUUCUCAAGGAACUUUCUGAAUUCCUGCAUCCUAAAGGCUACAGCCUCUCUGCUGCAGUGGCAUCAGCGGAAUUUUCAGCUAAAAUCUCUUACAACAUCGCUGAGGUUUCAAAAUAUCUGGAUUUCAUUGGGGUAAUGACGUACGAUUUACACGGAUCAUGGGAUCCAAAGAUUGGGAAUAAUGCACCAUUGUAUGCGGGAUCGUGGGAGCAAACGGAGUUUGAGAAGCAAUUAAAUGUUGACGCCGCUAUAAAGUACUGGCUCAGCAAUGGCGGGGCUCCUGAGAAGCUCCUCCUGGGCGUUCCACUGUACGGUCGUGGCUUCCGCAUGGUUAAUGGUCAGAAUAAACCAGGAUCCGUUCAUGGAGGUCCUUGUCAGGCUGGGCCCUACACUCAAACUCCCGGCAUGAUGGGCUUCAAUGAGCUCUGCGAGAAGCGUCGCAAUGAAAAAUGGAUUGAUUUCUGGGAUGAUGAGCAAUUUGUUCCGUACUCCACAAAGGACGAUCAGUGGAUUGGAUUUGAUGAUGAGAAGAGCAUAAAAUUCAAAUCAAACUACGUCAACAGUCACAAUCUUGGUGGGGUGAUUGUGUGGUCCAUUGAAACAGAUGAUUUUAGAGGAUUCUGCGGAAGAGGAACCUUCCCACUACUCAAGGAGCUCAAUGCAUCCCUCCUUGGUAACAAUCACACCUGGACACCUCCAUCAACAUCAACCAUCGAAUGGAAUCCCAACCCAACGUCCACAACGAAACCUCCACCAAUCCUCCCAAGUCCCGAAUGUACCGAAGAUGGUUACUUUAGGGAUCCAAAUGACUGCAGUGUCUUCCAUCAAUGCAUCAAUGGGACUCAAUAUACCUUCUUCUGCCCACAUGGCCUUGUCUUCGAUCCAGCCAUCAUAGCUUGCAAUUGGCCCCAUUUGGUGCAAUGCUGAGCCCCUCCACCAACUGCCACAUUUUUUUUAUUUAAUUUAAAAUAAAUCAAAUUUUCUAAGAACAAA